UGCCCCGCGCUCACUCCCUGCACGCAGCAUGGCCGAUCCUCACUCUCCCGAGCUGGAUGAUGGUUACACUCAGUUUGUGGCCCUUCACCAGGCUGCACUCAUCGCCUCCGGGGUCCCCGCACUCCACUGGAGGAGCCUCCACCGCAAACUGGAGGGAGAGAUCUUUGAUGCUGGCGAAGUGUUCGGAAUAAUGCAGGUUGAGGAAGCAGCAGAAGAAGACGACGUUGAGGAAGAAAUCGAAACCGAACCGGUAAAGAAGUCGAAUCCUGGCCUCAUACCAUCAUUCAAAGUCAUUGUAACCAAAGAAGACGGUCUAAAGGCCUCGGAUCCCAAUAGCAUUUUUCUGAUUGACCAUGCAUGGACGUAUCGUGUUGAACAUGCCCGUCACCAGCUCAUGCAAGUACCCGGUCUCCUCCACCGCAUGGCGAAUCUCAUGGCAAUACCCUUUCAUGGUGAGGUGCCGGACGAGGGGGUUGUGGAGGAAGUGCUGAAAGAAAUGUGGCAGUAUAACCAGACCUACCAGCUGUCUCAGGGGUCUGCUGAGGAUAAGAUUCCGGUCUGGUACAUCAUGGAUGAGUUUGGCUCCAGAAUACAACAUUCGGACAAGCCCACGUUUGGUACAGCGCCUCUGUAUUACAUCCCACAAGAAAUGACCUACACUGUCCUGUGGCCCCUCCGAGACUUGGACAAUGGCGAGGAAGUUUCCCGUGACUAUGCUUAUGGUGAGUCCAAUGCGUUAAUUCGGGACUGUCUACUCUUUCCAUGGGCGCCUGUAGAUAUAAGUCACGUCAGCUGUCACACUCCUGAGCCUGCGGACACUUAUUAUCAGAGUAUUUUUGCGGAAAACAAAGAAAUCCUGCCCCUCCCUGUAGAGCCACCGUUACACGACAAGAGUAAAAUCUUCAAGGUCUACACGGACAUGCAGCAGGUCCUCGGUGGAAUAAAUCACCCGCGGUUUAUAUUUACAGACAAUGAACAGGAAGCCGACAUCCUCUACAACUUCUCCCAUAUUAAAGACUACAGGUCACUCAGCACGCAUAGACCCCAUGUUUUGCUAAGCCAGUUUCCAUGUGAGAAUCUCCUGACUGUUAAGGAUUGUCUAGCUUCCAUUUCACGGAGGGUCGGUGGCCCUGAGGGUCCAAAAUGGCUCCCACGCACUUUUAAUUUGCAGACUGAACUUCCUCAGUUUAUUAGCUACUUUAAACAACGGGAACAGCGUGGAGAAGACAAUCACUGGAUAUGCAAGCCAUGGAAUCUGGCGAGAAGCCUGGAUACGCACGUAACCACUAACCUCUCCUACAUCAUUCGGCAGCGAGAAAGCACACCGAAGGUUGUGUCAAAAUACAUUGAAGAUCCAGUGCUCUUUCAGCGGGAUGACGUAGGGCUUGUGAAAUUUGAUAUUCGAUACAUUGUCCUUUUGCGGUCGGUUCGACCCCUGAAGCUGUUUGUAUAUGACGUAUUUUGGCUGCGAUUUGCAAACCGGCCGUUUGCUCUGAAUGAAUUGGACGAUUAUGAGAAACAUUUCACUGUAAUGAAUUACGUCCCUAACGUGACCCUGAAACAGGUUCACUGUGAUGAAUUCAUGACGUUGUUUGAGAAGCAGUAUCCUGAAUAUCCCUGGAGCUCCAUACAGGAUCAGUUGUUUAAAAAUUUUGGCGAACUCUUCCAAGUGGCGUCCUCCAAACCGGCGCCAUACGGGAUCUGCGACUACCCUUCUUCCCGGGCAGUUUAUGCUAUUGACUUGAUGCUGAAAUGGGACACAGACAGCGAUGGUAAACGGGUGAUACAGCCACAAAUUUUGGAAGUUAAUUUCAAUCCAGACUGCGCCAGAGCAUGCAAAUAUCACCCGACAUUUUUCAAUGAUGUGUUUAGCACGUUGUUCUUGGAUGAGACGGAGAACUGCCACGUGACGCGUAUCCUCUGAUAGCACUGCGCUUGAUACAUGCUUGGUCGCUAAAUCUGUUUCCUGGACUCCAAAAGCGCUAUAUGGUGUUGGGUGGUAUUUCAGUAAUCGCUAUUUCCUGUUCUGUACACUGAAUGCAGUUUAUGACGGGGUGACUAAAAUAUGAACACCUUCCUCCUCAGGUGGUAGUAGCUUUAAUACCGUGACUAAAUGUUAUAUCAUGAUGCACUGAGUUAUACCUGUUACAUUUGUCUCAACCAAUCGCUACCUAAUCUUGUCUUCCAGCAAGCAGACUAUAACCUGCAAUAUGAGACCGUAAAGUAGCCUCUUAACGUCCAUCCGGCUUCCCACUAUUAGCCCCCCAUUAUGAGACUAGAAGCUGGGCAGGAUCCCAUUCUAUUUGCAGAUAUACCGUAUUAAUGCCCCAUGCAGUCUGUUACAGGGAAGACCUUCUCAGACAAUUUUCAUGCAACUGCUAGUUUUCCCAUUUGUCCAUUAGAAGUUUCUUUUGCUGAUAUGUUAAACCUUGGCGUUCACUGUCACAGAGUUGGAACACCAAUAGUGUAUUACGUUGCAAUCCCUGGAUGCUGCAGAGAGAAUCACAUACUUUGUUUUGUGGUUGUUUGAAUGAAACCUAUAAUAGUGAAACCUGCUGUCAUUGGAUAUUAAACAGACACCUGGGUACAAUGAAAUAAAUGGGUCUUAGAAUAAACAUGCGCAUCUUUCCUUCUUCUCCAGCACUAGUUUAAAAAGAGUGUACUGUGCUUGCUUCCCAUUUCCUUUCUGCAACACGUAUGCUGGGCACAGCUCGAAGUGACUCAUUGAUUUUUGUCUGGUGGAGGUGAACGCCAUUGUUUUCUUAAGGUAAGGCACUGAGCACACUAAAGAGAGAUGUUUGGGCGAAGUCAGGGAUUGACUGGUGGGCCCCAGCUGCUUCCUGUUUGUAACCUAGAGAGUUAGAAUGUAUUUCAAUAUUUUUAUUGAUUUUCUACACAUUAAAGAGAUUUACAUCUGAA